AUGACCAAAGAAACAGCGGAUUCAAAUCCAAUAAAUGAUCCAAGUGUAAAAAAGUCGAAAAAGCGAGAUAUAAAGGAAGUUGAAGAGCAACAGGACAAUAAGGAAAAAAAAUAUGGAACACGCAAACAUCCAAAGGAAGCUUCUGCAAUUAAGCGACAACCGAAUUCGGGUCUGAGAAACCCCCUUAAAUUGGAAACAGAUGAGACCGUUUUCUCUUCGUCUUCGUUUGCUGACCUGAAAAUUUCUGAUAAACUAGUGGAGGUUUUAAAGAGUCCCAAUGUAUUUAACUUUUCGCGUCCCACCGUGGUUCAGUCUCAGACUAUUCCGAUUAUCAGCCAGGGCGGUGAUGUGAUGAUCAAGUCUGCAACUGGAUCUGGAAAAACCCUCUCAUACUUGAUUCCGAUUGUUCAACGUCUGCAAUCAUUUCCUACGAAGAUUGAUCGUUCGGAUGGCGCUUAUGUCAUCAUCCUUGUUCCAACACGUGAACUCUGUGUCCAAAUUGAAGAAACACUAAAGAAGCUUCUGCUUCCAUUUUUCUGGAUUGUGCCUACGGUGAUUUGUGGUGGCCAAAAGCGAAAGAGCGAAAAGAGUCGUAUUCGCAAGGGUGCCAAUAUUAUUAUUUCGACUCCGGGACGUUUACUGGAUCAUGCUCUUCACACGACUUCUCUCUCACUGCAGCGUGUCCAAAUGCUUGUUUUGGAUGAAGCAGAUCGUCUUUUAGACAUGGGUUUCGAGCAGCAGCUACGGGACCUGUUUUCUCUGCUCCAUAAGCAGAUCACUCAGCCUCUGCAAACUCUUCUUCUGUCUGCUACCUUGUCUCCUGCUAUUCAACAGCUUGCUGAGCUGUCUCUUCACAAUCCUACUUUUAUUGAUUCCGAUUCUUUGACCAAUAAGCAGGCUUUUCCAUCCAGCUCACCCAAUUCUGCGAAUGCUACGGAGGAGAAGUUCAAAGUCCCGAAGCAGCUACGGCAAUAUUAUAUCCAAAUCGAUGCGAGUCUCCGUCUUCCUGCUCUCUGUGCUUUCAUUCGCAAGGAACUGCGUGACGAGAAUCAGCGCCACUGCCGAAUCCUCAUCUUCGUCAACACGUGCGACUCUGUGGCAUUCCAUGACGAACUCUUUCGCGAAUUGAGUUGGCCAGGGGACGGAAUAGACACGUCCAUCGUGAAGGGAUCCUUGGUGAGUCUCCAUGGGAAUAUGCCUCAGCACCAACGCUUGAAAAACUUGCGUGACUUCUGUAAGGCGAACUUCGCUACCAUGAUCUGCACUGAUGUGGCUGCUCGUGGUCUUGAUAUUCCAGUCGUGGACUGGGUCAUCCAGUACGACCCCCCUACCGAGAUUUCAGAGUAUAUUCAUCGAGUCGGUCGUACCGCUCGUGCAGGAAAGAGCGGUCAAUCCCUUCUUUUCUUGCAGCCCUCCGAAAUGGGCAUGGUGUUCACUCUUCAGAAUAAGGGACUGAACAUGAGACAGUUCAACUUCGAUAUCUGGUUCGAUGACUGUGUGCGUAAGAGUGGUCCAGGCCAUAAGCUGGUGUAUGCCAAGCGAAAUCACGCCGCAAGCGAAAUCCAGGCCUCGAUUCUCCGAUCGGUGGAAGAGAGCGAAGGGCUGAAUGACUUGGCUGUCAUGGGAUUUAUGAGCUACUGCCGCGCAUAUGCUACAUACUCGAAGGAACUCAAGGGAGCUUUCAAUGUUCGGCUGUUACAUUUUGGACAUGUCGCGAAAAGGUAA